GCUGGGCGGCGCGGUUCUGCAGGUGCUGCACAACGUCUCCGCUUCGCUCAGAGGUGGCUUGGAUUGCUCAGUCUCUUUCGUUUCACAUAUUCUGGGAAAGGUCUGCGUUCAUGGGAGACAAAAGGAAAUUCUGAGCGUUUUGAUGCCCCACCUCACGGAUCUCACCAAGUCUGACUGCAUCUGGCAAAGAAUUUGCUGGCGGUUGGUUGAAUGUGUGCCAGAGCGCUGGAUGGAGGCAGUGGUCCUUGGUUUUGUUCAGAGAGCACCGGGGGCAGAUGUCUUGUCUAGAUUGCUGGGGAACCUGGUUGUGAAAAAUAAGAAAGCUCAGUUUGUCGUGACGCAGAAGAUGCUGCUGUUGCAGUAUGGCUACACGACUGCAGUGCUGCAGAAUCUCCUUGGCUAUCUAUCCCUGGAUAGUCUUCGUCGUGCCUUAUUGAUCAAGGUGCUGCAUGAGCUGUUGGAGACCUGGGGCAGCAGCAGUGCAGUGAAACACUCUCCAGUGGAGCAGCAGCAGUACAUUAGUAAGGCCAUUCUUAUCUGCCUUUCUCACCUGAAGGAACCCGAAAUAGAGAGCUGCAGACAAGAACUUCUCACGAGCAUGAUGGAGGGCGUGAAGUGCCACCUGGAUAGCAGCCUGCCUCAGAUACGGCGCCUGGGGAUGAUAGUGGCAGAGAGCAUUAGUUCAAAGGUUAACACGGAUGGGCCCGUCCUGCAGUUUCAGUAUGAAGAAGAUGAUGAAGCAAGAGAGCUGAAGUCCCUUCUGGUACAAGCUGCACCACUCAGUGUCCUGCCAGGCCUUCCAGACAACGAGAAUGAGAAUGCAGAUGCUGCACUGCCACCAGUACUGGAAAGUAAUAGGAAAUCACCUACAGCAACGACUCAUGUGAUGCCAGAUGAGGAGUCAGAUGCUGAGCUUGAUAGUGAUGAUGACCUUAUACCUUACGACAUGUCAGAGGAUAAAGAACUGAAGAAGACUAAGGCACCGAUGUAUAUUCGAGAUUGUAUUGAAGUCCUGACAGGUUCUGAAGAUCUGGACAAAUGGGAAGAAGCUGUCAAGGCUCUUGAGAGCUUGGUUCGAAGGAAUCCAGCGGCAGCAAGAGAGGUUAGCGUGGAGCUGGCAAAAAUACUGUUGCAUCUGGAGGAGAAGACCUGCCUGGAAGGCUUCGCAGAGCUUCGUCAGAAGGCACAAGUAGCUGUUUUAACCACUGAUCCAAUACCUGUAGCGCAGUACUUGACCUCCCAGUUCUAUUCUCUGAACUACAGUCUUCGUCAGCGCAUGGAUAUUCUCGAUGUACUGGUUUUAGCAGCUCAGGAACUGUCCUGUGCCAAAGGCCAUGGGAAGACCAAACAUUCUGGUGCCCAAAACCCUCGUAUCCAGCUCCUUCCUGAGAGUGGCAGCUCCAAGGACUGGAGAAGAAUUGUUGAUGAGAGAAUCAAAAGCAAGACAAGGAGGUUUGCUAAGGGGCAGACUCAAGUGGAACAGCCUUCUGGUCCAAAUGAGUUCAAUUCUCUUGCUGGACACUUCUUUUUUCCGUUGAUCCAGAACUUUGACAGACCUUUGUCAACGUUUGAUCUCCUGGGGGAAGAUCACUUUGUCCUUGGAAGACUGGUCCACACUUUAGCAGUCCUGAUGUACCUGGCUGUCAACACCAUGGCAGUUACUGCAAUGGGAAAGGCACUGCUGGAGUUUGUUUGGGCUCUGCGUUUCCACACUGACUCGUACGUGCGCCAGGGGCUUCUGUCCUGUGUCUCCUCCAUACUCCUCAGUGUCCCUGCAGAGCAUCUUCUGCAAGAUGUGACAGAGGAACUUCUGGAGACUCGGUCCUGGCUGGAAGAUGUGGUAGAGAAAGAUCCAGAUGGGGACUGCAGGAGGCUGGCCUUGCAGAACUUGCUACUAAUGGAGAAUCUGAAGAAGAAACUGGAAACUGCCCCUUCCUAGCUGAAGGGUAAAAGAAAUGACCUUAACCUCAUCCUCUUGCCAGCUGGACUCAUGUAGGCACUGCUGGGGCCUCUUCAGCGGUCACCUGGCUGGAGAAGAGGAAGAAGGGGGAAGGGUGCAGUGCUGUAAGCCAACGAACCUGACUUGACAUCUGGACUUUGUAGUGGAGGCCAACUUAGUGAGCUAUUGCUAUCCGGUACGGGGUGUACAGAUGCAGGAAGGUAGGCGAGCGCUGCCAUCCUCCCCUCGCCCCCAGCCCCCACCCCAUCUAUUUAUAACCUUGGCAGGUUUGAAUGCUCUGCUAAAAAUACAGGGAAGAUCUCAUAGCAGGCUUCUUGUCAGAAAAACAGGAGGGCUGGAAGCAGCCACUUACCUCCCAGGGCUGUCUGUGACAUCCCCUGACAAAGGCUCCCAUCCUCUGGCAGCAUUGGAGGGCUGCUGCUUCGAGGGGGCGGUGGUGUAGGGGAUGACCCUGAGAGAUGGAAGCACUGAAUAGCUGCAGUGAAGUUCUGAAAUAAAUUGCCAAGCAUUAAAGGUUGGAGUUAGAGCUGCACUGGGGUGAGGAAGGAACAAAGUAAUUCUUUCUGUAUAUUACAUGUACAGAAAGGAGAUUCUUCUAAAGUAACUGAGGAGCAGAUUUUGAUCUUAAAAUGUUCCUUCACCUUUCUUCCCUGAGUGCAUACAAUUCAACGCUUUCCUGGUCACACCAAUAUAAAAAAAAAUCAGUGUAAGCAGAAGGGCUCAUUAAUCUGAAAGUUCUGUGCAUGACACUUUCAUGCGGCGCCAUAAGACACUGAAAGGUCAGUGAGCUCUUGGUUAUUGAUGUUGGCUUUAUGUUCCACGGAUGGCUGGUCCUGUUUGUGCCAGAAAGAAACUUCCAUUCUAAAAUCUGACGUGUACAGAGCAGUGAGAAGCUUUGCUGGCUGCAGGUGACCCUGCUCAGAGACAGGUGGGGUGUAGGACCAGAUGACAUCUAGAGGUCCCUUACAAACUCAACCAUGCUACGAUUCAGAGCUUUCUUGUAAACCACAGCUCCAGCCUGGAUGACCCUAUAAUAUUUAAAUAAAGCUUUGAGGUGGGGAGAGCAUGCAGUACAAGGACAGUGGUUUGACUUCUGCCCAAACUCCUGGCCACAUGGAACUGAGAUUGUUUACAGAAGUUUGCUAAGGAAAGAGAAGUAUGUUGGCACCUGUACCUGAGAAUUUGGUCAGCUCACAAUUUUUCACCUUACUUCCUCCUCAAACAAGGCCUGAGUUGCCACGUGCAGCUCUCUUUUUAAAUUUUUCUUUAUUAAAAUACAAAAACUAGAUUCAUACCAGGCUAGGCGCAGUCUGCUUUUUGUAUGUAGUGUUUAAAAUAAUCCACCACUGUUGCUUGUAGAGGCAAGGAGAAAAAAAAUGAAUUUCUUGGUAAUAACCAAAAGAGUCUGCUGCAACAGUUUGCUGACUGAUUUGUGACCCCUAAGGCCUACAGAAUAAAUGAUGUAGUGCUCAAGUCAGUCUUGGUGCUGCUAACUAUGAGGUGUCAGGGACCUUCCACUUCAUCAGCCACUUCUUCUUCCACGUCCUUGUUCUCCACACUGCUGUGCCGACUUUGCUCUGGAACCAAUGCUUGGCUGAUGGGAAUUCCUGCUCCUCGGUGAACCGCCUCAAUCGUCUGCUGCUUGACAUAGAAGAGAGAUUCAGAUGAGGCUCUUACUCCACAGCUAACAAACUGAACACUUUGAAGAAUCACAGCAGCUGGGUGUACCUGAGCGCACGCAUCAUAAAAUCCUGCCAGCAGAUCCAGGGCCCUCCCUUUGGUAUAGAAGCUGAUGAUGUUCUUCAUAAUCUCUGGGUCCUUACGCCAAUCCAGUGACUGCAAAUAGUUGGCUGCCAUGAUGUAAAUCUCUCUCUGUCUGGAGACUCCCGCAAAGAAGACAAUUUUCUCUGUGUCUCCAGAUCUCAGCAGUGCCUUCAUAGCCUAACAAUGGAUGGGGGUGGGAGGACAGAGAGAGAAAAUAUUGUGAAUACAAAAAUCAAACAAUGCUAAAAUGAUUGGGAAGCCUCAUCUGGACAGCCUGCUGACUGUUCCAAGACCUACCUCUCAAAUCACUCUUGUUGUAAAACUGUAUAAAGGUAAGAGGCUCAGCCUCCUUAGCUUUUUUUUCUACCUGUCCCAACUGACCUUUAACUUAUUUCCAGCUUGCGUGUACUUCUUGGUUGCCAUGUGGUAAUUGCCUUGUCUCAUGCAGCAAUCUGCAAUUUGCUCCAGGAGUUCUCUCCGGGACUCCUCAGAGAGGUCCUUGGAGUCCUUAGAGACUGUCAUCCGCUCAGCCAUCUCCUCUGUGAUGGUCAGGUUCUGCUUCAGGCAAAGCUGCAGAGCUUCAUGGUACUAACGGAAACGAGAAAGCAAUGAGCUGCUGCAAGCACUGCAGUGUGAUUUCACGUUGUCUGUGGCGUAAAUUUUAGAAAUUAGCUAUAUGAAGGCACAAAUGCAAGGAGAUGAUUCUCUAAUUAGAACGCUUGUGUAAAGUGUCCUAACAGCAACUCAAAUUCAAGCAUACACUCUCAUUUUUUCUGCUAAGAACGUAUUUGUCCUUCCACUAAGAACCUGAUUUCUCAUCUCUUUUCUCAGAGGACAUCAUUAAGUGGCAGAAAAGAUUUAUCCAUUUUUUCUUUGAGUGUGAUGUUACCAGAGACAUCUGAGUCAGAUUUGUUUGGUAUGGUUGAUUACAUGAAGGUUUUUCAGCAAAUACAAAGAAAAGAAUACAGGCACUUGAAGUAUUUCAUCAAAUAUUUUCUUACUUCAAAUACAGAAACAAAGGAAUAGGAUACAUUACAGCUAUUUCCUUUUAAACCAGAAAAGAGCUACUGUGCCCUUGCUAACUAUGGGAGACAGUUGAGUCACAGCAAAUUGAUACAAGAGGACUGCUUUGGGACUCAAAAUUUUGGUAAGGCUGAACUGCCAGCACAAGAAUGAGGGCAAUGACUUCAGGUGAGAAAUGAAGCAGUGUAACUACAUUUGGUGGGACAGAAACACUGAUUUUUAUUAAUUUAUUUAUUUUUGACUGAUAAUAAUAUAAUCCCUCCAUCUCCAAAUAUAUUUAGACAGUAGGAUUUCUUUUUUCUCCAAGAAUGCAAAGUCUGUGCAGGUGCCAGAAACAAGACAAAGCCAGAGAUUCAUUCCUGGACCUAAGGCAGUGGGGCUGCCACCCUGUGACUCAUCAGUCUGAAAAGAAACCUUAAAGGUUACAAAUGUUUUUGUGUAGGAGCUUAUGAACAAAGAGAGACGUGAGUGUAUGCAUGUGCACACCUGUUGUGCUCCUCUCUAUCGGUGCACAGAGGGAGCAGGAAGGCAGAGCUUACCUUUUUGGCUGUGAGCAGCAAUUCCACUGCCUUCUCAUACUGAGCAUGUUCAAUAAAGAAAUCAGAACAGCGAGCUAGCAGAGCUGGGUCUGACUUCUCAUCCAGGUCUUCAGCAAUUAGCUGUAAGGCUCCAAACUGCUGCGUGGCAAAGGCUAGCUCCAGUGCUUUGGAGAAAUGUCCUGCCUGUAAAAUUAAGGACAAGACUUUAAGGACUACAAUAAGCAUUGCAGAAUUAGUUUACCAGAUACCCCAGUGUGGAUUAACAGAGUGUGAAGAAAUGACUGAUAAUUGUACAUAAUCAAAUCACAUAGUUGAUUAAAUGCUCCUCUGCCGUA